CCUAAUUGCGAACCCAAUGAGUGUUCCCAAUUGAGAGCCAGUUGGUUCAAAGCAGUCCGAGAAAUGAGAUUUGCCGCGCUCUCGGCUCUUUUUGUUCUCUUCUCAUGUCAUUAUCCCCUUUUUGUCCAAGGCGAGGAGGACUUGAUGGUCCCUGUGAUCGCGUUCCAAGACGACGGUCUCUUUUCCAACUUCAGUUAUGCCAUGAGCACUCGAACCAUCAAAACUGGAUUGAGGGACUUUACGAUGUGCUUCAGGGUCAACUUGAAUUAUGUAAGGGGCACCUCCAGUUAUGUCGUGUCUUACGCGGUUGAAAAAAACGACAACGCUCUUACAGCAGCAUACACGUUGGAUGAACAAGAUUCGUUGGGGAUGGAAAUGUGCAAGUUGAAAUAUGUAACCAAAGGGCGCGAAUGCCUAAAAUUUGCUUUAAGCCAAGGUCAAUAUCAGCAAUGGAACCACAUGUGCAUGGUGUAUGGAACUAAAGACUUUCGCGAUGACGUUGAAGUCAACAUCAGGGCAUACUUAAAUGGCGAGGUUGUGGCUGAAGUGGACGAACUGUUCCCCAAGAGCUCUUUCCGAGUGGUGCCAAUCAAUGGUGCCUUUGUAUUGGCACAAGAACAAGAUUCGGUGGGUGGAAAUUUUGACGUUUCUCAAGGUUUCUCCGGUCAAAUUGCUCAGUUCGGGAUUUGGAACAGGGUCUUGGAUCCAUCGGAGCUGACUUCAUUGGCCAAGUGCAAGAACGAUCUGGCUGGAAAUAUUCUGGAUUACAACACCGCGGAAAAUUGGACCACUAAUGAAGUUUUAAUGGAAUUGGUCCCACUCCCGUCUCUCUGUGGACCCUCCACUAUCUACGGAAAGGUUUUUCUCACAGAAAAGGUUGCCUACAACUCGUUCCGAUCUCUGUGCGAUAUGAUGCAUGGAACCAUCCCUGUUUUGAGGAACGAAUUGGAACUGAUCGAGACCCACAACGCAGUCCGCGAGGCAUUCCAGCAACUCAAAAAUUUUGAGGAAUGUGCCGUUGGGAUUGACGAUGUCACUUUUCAUAUCGCUCAAGUACUUCAGGACAAUGGGUUUUGGAAAGAUCCAUACACGAACCAAUCUCUCAUGGAAGAAAACUCGGUCCAAAAACUGGAGACAGUGGAUCCCACCCAUCGUUGCGCCUAUGUCUGGGGUCAUGGCCUCCAAACUAGGGGGUGCGAUGCUAGAUUGGCUUGUGGGGUGUGCACCCUGCCCAAGCCUCAAGAGACCUUGAAAUUAAAGGGACUUUGUGCCCUCAACGUUCAGGAUGAUAUGGAAUAUGAUAUUGAUUACUAUAUUCACGGACAUCUCAACGGAAAGAUCCAUUUCCGAGGGAUCAUGAACAGUCAUAUUUACUUUGAUAAAGACCAGUUACAAUGGAGACUCCAAUCUUUAAGGAAUCCUGACAAAUUCUUACUCAUGAAGUCAAAGAAUCCCAAGGUCCUUCCAAUUGGAACAAAAUCCUGGAUCCUGGGAUCAGACAACGCGUUAUGUGCGAUGGAGAAGAACGAGGAAGUUUCUCUCACUCUCAGCACUUGUUUCCCUAACAAAUACACCUGCGACUCGGGAGAUUGCAUUCCUCUCAGUGAUAAGUGUAACACGGAGAUCGAUUGUAAGGAUAAAUCGGACGAAUACAAUUGCGAUUAUUUGAAGUUGGGAGCAAAUUAUGCCAAAGAGCUGAUUCCCCGUGAUGAACAAGGAAAGACAUUCAACAUCUAUUUGAACAUCUCCGUUCUCGCUUUGCCUUACAUCGAGACGUCAACUUUAAAAUUCACGGCCGACUUCUAUCUUAAUCUUCGUUGGUAUGAUUUGCGGAUCGAUUUUCGAGAUCUGAACAACAUUACAUUACUGAAUUCCCUUAACGAAGUGGACCAAAACAGCAUCUGGACUCCACGAUUGGCCUUUGUGAAUGCCUUAGGGCCUUAUCAAACCGUGGUGGAUGAAAAAACCGCUGGGGUGCUGGUUCGCGAAGAUGAUCCCUUGGAUGAAGAUGUGACCUUACCAAUAGAAGCGAUGCUCUUUUCCGGCCGAACGAAUUCAAUAUUGAUGACGAGAGAAUAUUACCUGAAUUAUGGAUGCGACUUCGAUCUCCGGUACUACCCCUUCGAUACUCAGAUGUGCCAGAUGAUCUUUGAGGUCCAAGGCAAGACAGAUGAUUACGUGAGGCUUGUCAAAGAUGGAAAAGGCAUUGAAUUCUUAGGGGGAAGAAAGUUGGUCGAAUAUGAGAUCCAAUUGGAGGAGCUAGGGAUCACAUCCGUCAACCGGAUUAGUCGAGCAGUUGCCAAGAUUGUAUUCCGUCGUCGAAUGGAAUUCCACGUGACUAACACCUUUCUCCAAACGUUCAUUCUCAUCGGAGUUGGAUACAUGUCUCUCUACUUUGACGUGGACAACUUCACCGAUCGAAUUAUGGUCACACUGACAACCAUGCUUGUGGUGGCCACAAUCACCUCGACCAUUCAAGACGGUUUGCCCAAGACGUCCUAUUACAAAUUGAUAGAUUGGUGGCUCCUGUUCUCGUUGAACAUGCUGGUUCUCACUAUGGCAUUACACACCUAUGUGGCACACUGUUGUUUUCGGGCCAAGAAUGAAAAACCGAUCUAUUUCAACUUGAAACGGGUCUAUCCUCGAAGUGAGAGCAGAGAUGAUCAAACCAAGAAGCUCCCCGAUUUGGAUGGUGAAGAGGAUGUGCUUAAACACCCUAAAACCGUUAACCGUUUGGGUAAACUGGCCUUAUUAUGCGUUGUGUUGUUGUUCAAUGGCAUAUUUUGGACGGUGGCCUUGAAUGAGUAUCUUUUGUCGGCCGAACAUUAUCUUAGUAGAGAUUCGUCGACUCCUAAUAAUCAAACGGUGUGAAAAUGUCGGCAAACCUUUGACUUGGAAAGUAACUUAGAACAUCAAGUGUGUUUAUUGCAUCAAUUUUGAUCAUGAAAGCGAUUCGAACAUGAAACAGUGUGAUAAUAAAUUAUGUAGACC